AUGAUCUCGAAGCUGUUGGCGUUUGGUGCUUUUCUUCUCGCCUCUGCCACCGCUGACGUCUUCGACUCUUCUCACUCCAAUAUCUCCAGCGCCGCUAUCGACGAAGACAGGGUCGAAACCGCCGUAUUAAUUGACACUUCCACGACAGAACCCGCCGAUGACGUUCUAUGGAAUGAUUCGGUAUGCAAAGGCCAGAAGUUAGUACUAGCCACGAGCUUGAACCUUCCAGAGGCUGGUAAGAUCUGCCAACCAAUGACUACUCCCUGGGAUGGAACGCUCGAACACGAAUUAGCAGUUUGGGGCUACUCGGAACUUGGGUACUCGGAAGUUAGCGACGCGGAGGAAAACUGUGUCAUGGGGGAAGAAAACCACGGCCUCCAAGAUAUGCUUAAAGAGCUACAUGCAGAUGAUAGGGAUUCACGUGAGGGAGGGGACAACAUCUGUUACACAAUCCAGCAUCAAGACGGUCCUACUUUGGAGAAAGAUGAGAACGGUAAAAUACCAACCGAUCCUAGGAAACAAUACUACAACGUUGAUGGGCGCAGAUACAGGGUUACCACCGCAGAUUUCACCAUUGGUAUAAAUCCAAAAGCUGGUAUUGUCUUCUUUCUUCAACGUGUGAGCCCUGCAAACGCGGCGGUAAAGAUGUGGGGGGUACCUUCCGUCAAGCUGGACAAAUUGCCUGCCCUCAGACAAAGCUCGGAUAUUGCCUGGGGUCUCUGGAACAGGCAUAGCAAAGAAAGCCUGUCCAACAUCAACUACUUCUUCACGGUGGCAAUUGUAAACACGGAAACGCGCAAGAUCAUCAGUAGAGCAAUGGACAAUGCGGGACAGAAGGUUCUGCCGAAGGCGCCAGGAUACACUUUUAGAGCUGGGAAUGAGAACUUUCCUGCUCUACUGGGAUCGCCGAACCUUGUAGCAGUAAUGUAUUUCCUCCUCCAGCACAAGCCUCAGUUUGGCCACAAUCGAUGGGUUACUGAGAUCUGUGUUUUCCUACCGAAUGGGGCUCUGAAUACGGUUUCGAUGCUUGUAAAGGUUGAGCGAGCGCCAGCGCCCCCACCAGUACCUCCUGAGCCCAUUGAAGAUUCAGGUCGCGAGAAGAAAAGGUCGUCCGAAAGUGCGCUAGUCUCACCGCUGAAUGAUGAUAGUUGGAAGGGUGGCGAACGUGCAAAUUCGACGCUCGAGGAGAUGAAUGUGGUUAGAAGACAUAUCAUAUGGGCUUAGACUUAGUCACAGACGAUAGACAUAGGCUUUACACGGUGGGCUCAUAUUAGAUGCUUUGGCAACCCCUAUGAUGAAGCAUCUCAUACAAGGAAAGAACUGAAC